UCUCUCAGCGACAGAACGUUCUUGUCAUUUGCGCCUGCGCAGUAGAUCAGAGCUUUGUUAUUUCAUUUCAGAAUGGCGCUUAGCAAAACGUUUGGCCAAAAACCGGUUAAAUUUCAGCUUGAGGAGGAUGGAGACUUUUACAUGAUUGGAUCGGAGGUGGGGAACUACCUCCGUAUGUUCAGAGGCUCUCUGUAUAAAAGAUACCCGUCAUUAUGGAGAAAACUGGCUUCGGUGGAAGAACGGAAGAAAAUAGUGGAGUCAUCACACGAUCACGGCUACACUCAGCUGGCCACCAGUGUGACUCUGCUGAAGGCUUCGGAGGUCGAGGAGAUACUCGAAGGAAACGACGAGAAGUACAAAGCUGUCUCUAUCAGCACGGAGCCCCCGGCCUACCUCAGGGAGCAGAAGGCGAAGAGGAACAGUCAGUGGGUUCCCACGCUGCCCAACAGUUCACACCACCUGGAUGCGGUUCCCUGCUCCACCACCAUCAACCGCAGCCGACUGGGCCGCGAUAAGAAGAGGACCUUCCCACUGUGCUUUGACGACCACGACCCAGCAGUGAUCCACGAAAACGCCACUCAGUCUGAAGUUCUGGUUCCGAUCCGUCUGGACAUGGAGAUUGAGGGACAGAAGCUCAGAGACGCGUUCACCUGGAAUAUGAACGAGAAGCUGAUGACGCCAGAGAUGUUCGCCGAGAUCCUUUGCGACGACCUGGACCUCAACCCGCUGGCCUUCGUCCCUGCCAUCGCCUCAGCCAUCCGGCAGCAGAUCGAGUCUUAUCCAACAGACAGCAUCCUGGAGGAGCAGACGGACCAGCGGGUCAUCAUCAAGUUGAACAUCCAUGUUGGGAACAUCUCCCUGGUGGACCAGUUUGAGUGGGAUAUGUCUGAGAGGGAGAACUCUCCAGAGAAGUUUGCCCUGAAGCUGUGCUCUGAGCUGGGCCUCGGCGGAGAGUUUGUCACCACCAUCGCCUACAGCAUCCGCGGUCAGCUGAGCUGGCACCAGAGGACGUACGCCUUCAGUGAGAACCCGCUGCCCACAGUGGAGAUCGCCAUUAGAAACACAGGCGAUGCCGACCAGUGGUGCCCCCUGCUGGAGACCCUGACGGACGCUGAGAUGGAGAAGAAGAUCAGGGAUCAGGACAGAAACACGAGGCGAAUGAGGCGAUUGGCGAACACGGCCCCCGCGUGGUAGAAGCAGCAGUAUCAGCGACCCCCCCCCCCCCCCCCCCCCCCCCCCCCCACAGGAACGGUGAGCGUCUUGAUUGAGGUACAUGCCGCUGUCACGGUUCACAACAUCAGCAACAAAGAUGUCCCUCUAUCGGCGGCUGGACGUCUUUUUCUGCUCAACCGGGUUCUCAAUCGUACACCGUGUCAUUUCUUUAUUUUAAUUAUUAAUGUUAAUAUUACGUUCUGUUUGGCAAAGCCCCCCCCCCCAGUAGAAUAUCCUUCACGUUUCUCUUCCGAAAACUCGGCGUGGAGAAGCUGCUCUCUCACUGUGACCACUGACUUUUACCUGACCACAGAGUGAGAAUAAAAACCACACAGCCAGUCUCAAAUAAUAUAUUGUUGGGUUGUAUUUGUUGUCUUUUUGUACAUUUGAAUAAUUCUUACAAAAUAAAAAAAAGUGAACAAG